GGUCAGCACGAACCGGAUAGGAUUUUGGAGGUGCUUCCGGCACAAAUUAAGCCCUGGAUAAGAGGUAAUGAAAUGGUUGAUAAAUUGGCAAAGCAGGCAUUAGAAUAAUAAGUUAUGAAUAUCUCACUUGGUAAACAAGAAGCGAAAGGAAUAAUUAAAACAUAUGGCAAUAAAGAAUAGCAACAAAUAUGGGACACAAGGACUGGACGUCAACUCUAUGAAAUUCAUCAAGAAGUAGGAGUAGUGAGAGUAACUAAAAGAAGCAAUAUAGAGGAAAACAUUUUAACAAGAUUAAGAGUUGGGCAUACAAAUCUUAACAAAACUUAAAAACUGUUAAAUAAGCAUCCAACUGGUUUGUGUGAUUUUUGGGGUAGGAGGAAUUUCUGGUCCACACUCUUUCACAGUAGGUGGCGAUAUUGCACCUUAACGUUGGUGCUACCCGCCACAAAACUGCAACAAGAAGAAGAAGGGAACAGGAAGUGUUGUUAUAUCGCUGAUAUCGGCGUAAUAUGAACAAGCCUAAAUCGGUGUUUAGAAGUGCGAACUAAUUGUAUAUUUGUCUUUUCUUAGUGUCUGUCCCUCCUCGACUGCGCGGCAAAAAUCACGGGAAAAACAAAAGCAUGUGGAUAUAAUUCCAACAAAGCUUACAUUAGACUUCAGAUCUUCAGCAACUCAUUCGUUAACCAUGGGGCUGCGGUCAGCUCAGAAGAAGCAUUUCCCUCUCAGAGGAAUUGAUGGAGUGGUGCAUCUCUUCCAGACUGAGCUUAGCAAGCCGGAGCCAGACCUGGCCUUGUUGUCCCUUGUGCUGGGUUUUGUAGAGCACUUCCUGGCUGUCAACAGAGUUGUUCCUGUCAAUGUCCCAGGGGUUUGCUUCGAACCUCUGAAACCUGACAUCCUUAACUCUUGUCUUCCGACCGUGGAAGUGAAUCUUAUAUCUGCCCUCUAUGAACGUUUCACGGCCCAGAUCCGUGGUGCUGUGGACCUGUCGCAGUUUCGCAGGCCUGCUGGAGGGUCCAGCCGUGAGCUGGUGAAGAAAGUUUCGGAUGUGAUCUGGAAUAGUCUUAGCCGGUCAUAUUUCAAGGACAGAGCACACAUACAGUCUCUGUUCAGUCUCAUCACAGGCACCAAGUUGGACAGCUCAGGAGUAGCAUUUGCUGUGGUUGCUGCAUGUCAGGUAUUGGGUCUGAAGGAUGUUCAUCUUGCCCUCUCUGAAGACCAUGCCUGGGUAAUCUUUGGCAAAGGUGGUGAAGAGACAGCAGAGGUCACCUGGCAUGGAAAGGGCAACGAAGACAGAAGAGGUCAGACUGUCAAUGCUGGAGUCAGUGAGAGGAGCUGGCUGUAUCUUAAAGGUUCCUAUAUGAAGUGUAACAGGAAUAUGGAAGUAGCAUUCAUGGUCUGUGCCAUUAACCCAUCUCUAGAUUUGCACACAGACAGUACAGAGUUACUGCAGCUCCAGCAGAGGCUCCUAUGGCUGUUGUAUAAUCGAGGUGAUUUGGAGAGGUAUCCUAUGGCAAUGGGCACUUUAGCUGACCUUGAAGAUCAGGAACCCAUGACUAGCAGCGAAAGCCCUCUAUCUAUUCACCUGAAGGCUGUCGACUCUGCUAAAAAAUAUUACAACAACGAGCACAUCUACCCUUUCAUGUAUCUGGCAGGAUACCAUUACAGGCACAGAAAUGUUCAGGAGGCUUUGGGAGCUUGGGCAGAGGCUGCAUCAGUGAUGCAAGAUUACAAUUACUGUCGAGAAGAUGAGGAGAUCUAUAAGGAGUUUUUUGACAUUGCUAAUGAUGUCAUUCCCACGCUUCUUAAAGAGACCGCAUCAGCUGCUGAAAGUGGAGAAGAGGCUGAGGGGACAGGAAAGGACCAUCCCAAACAGGUGGCUGCCUUAUCUGCCCUUCAGGACCCAGAGUGUUUUGCUUGCUUAUUACGGUUUUAUGAUGGGAUCUGCAAAUGGGAAGAGGGAAGUCCUACACCAGUGCUUCAUGUAGGCUGGGCUACAUACUUGGUGCAGUCCCUCAGUCGCUUUGAUGCACAGAUUAGACAAAAAGUGUCAAUCAUCACCAAAGAUAUAGAACCCUUGGACGAUGAUGACCAGUCUAGUGAGGACCCACGUGAGGGACGUAGACGGGGCCCAAGACGAGAAUCCAAGCUAGAUGAACAAGCAGGACCAUCGCCUCUAGGUGCAGCCUUGCCCCCUCAAAAUCCUGUUACCAGAAAAGUGGGAGGAGAAGGAGGACGAAGGCGAUCCUCUGCUGGAGGUCGAGGGAAAGAAGCGGACGGGAAAAAUGAGCCGUCAUCACCAAGUCCCACACCUUCACCUCACCAACCAACCACAGUUCUGGGAGGGCCGGUGGUGGUUUUCCAUAGUGAGAAGAUGAAGGGUAUGAAGGAGCUGCUCUCUGCAGCCAAGAUCAACUCUAGUGCCAUUAAAUUGCAGCUCACAGCCCAGUCCCAAGUCCAGAUGAAAAGACAAAAACCCACACCUUCUGGAGAUUACACAUUGUCCUUCAUGAAGCGCCCUCGCAAAACUCUUUAAAAUCCACAUUGAGAGUUAUUUUAACAGUUAGUAUUUAGUUAGUCAUUAGUAUGACUGACCGAAGACUUGAGACAAAUGUUUUGAUGAAGCAAUAAAUGGUUGAAUUUUCCAUCUCA